AUGUCGAUUCCAUUCUCCAACACCCACUACCGAAUUCCACAAGGAUUUGGGAAUCUUCUUGAAGGGCUGACACGUGAGAUUCUGAGGCAGCAACCGGAAAAUAUACCAUCUUUUGCAGCAGCAUAUUUUGAGAGUCUUCUAGAGCAGAGAGAGAAAACCAACUUCGAUCCAGCAGAAUGGGGAAGUAAGGUGGACGACCGCUUCUAUAACAACCAUGCAUUCAAGGAGCAAGAACCAGCUGAGAAAGAAAAGACUCAGGCAGCUGAGAAAGUGGAGACACCAAGCACACCCUUAGAAUCUUCUGAUGAUGAUAAGGAUAAAGAGGAGCUGGCUGCCGUCAAAAUUCAAGCCGUGUUCCGGGGACACUUGGCCAGAGAGGAGGUGAAGAAAAUGAAACAAGACGAUGAGCCUGAAGAGCAAACACAGGAAGACAACUGA